AUGUCCAGCCAUGUGCCCAUCACGGCCAUUACAUGUUCGACAAACGGCGAGAACGACCCCCGCAACAUGUCAACACUAGAUACAACGCCCGUACCGGUGAAUCGCAAAAAGCAGAAGCGCAGGGAAAAGCAGGCAGCUCGCUUGGCCGCGGAGCGCCAGGCCGCUAACGGACAUAUGUCUUCAGUACAGAACGGCUCGAGUCCGAUCGACCCCGAAGGCAGUCUCUCUGACGAUCAUGAUAUCGAUGAUGCCGAUUUGAAUGACGAUGUAUCUAUUGAACAUGAUGAUGACGCUCAGAAACUACCGAGGUCGACGGAAAACAGUCCCAGCGAUCCUUCAAAGACAACGACCCGCAAAUCGAAAAAGAAGAAAGGAAAGAAAGGUCACAGCGGCUCGCAACAGAUGGCCGAUGAAAGCUCCACCACUCCUCUAUCGACUCCCUCUGUCUCUCUGUCGCAUCCGCUUCCCCCACCUUUGCCCCCGCACUUCGCAUCUCGACCUGCCGCGAAGUCGAGCAAAGACCGCAGCAUAUGGAAUACAUCGACGCAAGAAGAAAGAGAGAACAUCAAGACGUUCUGGCUAGAGCUGGGUGAAGAGGAACGCCGCCAGCUUGUUAAGGUAGAAAAGGAUGCAGUGUUGAAAAAGAUGAAGGAGCAGCAAAAACAUUCAUGUAGCUGCACGGUAUGCGGGAGGAAACGAACCGCCAUUGAAGAAGAACUUGAAGUGCUUUACGAUGCAUACUACGAAGAGCUCGAACAGUACGCCAACAACACUCAAGGGACCUUCGAUCGAAACUUGCCAAUCGUUCCGCCACCCCGACUGUAUCAACCCCCGUUACGGCCGCCUAGUCAACAUACCCGCACACAAGCCCAAUUCCAUCCUUCACGAGGCCGCAUCCACGAGUUGCCGGAAGAUGACGAGGAUUUGGAGGACGACUAUGACGAAGAUGAAGAAGACGAUGAGCCAUACAGUGACGACGAGUUCGAGGAUGAAGAGACCCGUGCUGCUCGCGCAGACUUUUUCGCCUUUGGGAAUAGUUUAACUGUCAAAGACGGUAUUCUUACAGUUGCAGAUGACCUACUAAAAAACGAUGGGAAACAUUUCAUCGACAUGAUGGAGCAGUUAGCGGAACGCCGGAUGCAGCGUGAGGAAGAUACACAAUACGGUAUAGCCGCAGCACAUCAGUCUCUUCACAGUGGUCAUAAUCACGGCCCCCUAGACGAUGAGGAUUAUGAUGAUGACGAGGAUGAGGACUAUGACAGCCAGGAGGAGGAAGACUACGAGGAAGAUGAAAUGGAUGCGAUGACGGAAGAACAGCGUAUGGAAGAGGGUCGACGAAUGUUUCAAAUAUUUGCAGCUCGGAUGUUCGAACAACGGGUUUUGACAGCGUACCGGGAGAAAGUAGCGGAACAACGCCAGCAGAAACUGAUCGAAGAGCUUAUGGAGGAGGAAAAUCGAAACGAACAACGGAAUGCCAAGAAAGCUCGAGAGGCCCAAAAGCGCAAGGAUAAGAAGAAACUGCAAAAACAAGCCAAGGAAGAGGAAAAGGCUCGUCGGGAGGCAGAGAAGGCUGCGGAAGAAGCUGCUGCGAAAGCGGAGCAGGAGAAGAAGCUCGAGGAGCAGAAAAAGAAACGAGAGGAGCAGAGGAAGAAGCGAGAGGCUGAACGAAAAUCCCAGGAGGAGGAGCGUGCUCGCAAAGAAGCUGAGAGACAAAAACGACUCCGAGAAGAGAGAGACAAACAGGCGGAGGCGGAGCGAAAGCAGCGCGAACAGAAGGAACAGGAGAAGAAACGUCGGGAGGAGGCUCGACGAAAGGAGCGGGAGGAACGGGAGCUCAAGGAUCAGAAGGCUAAGCAAGAGCGCGAACGCAAGGCUAGAGAGGAGCAGGCAAGAAAGGAUCGGGAUGCCGCGAUUAGAGCUGAGCUGGAAGAGCGGGAGCGGCGUGAUUUCCAAGCCAAACGCAUGUCGCAUCAAGGCCAACAACCAAUUCCCAUUCCGAGCAACCUGCAUCCAGUCUCUGGGCUUUCAGGCUUUCCACAGUCGCCACUACACCAGUUUGCGACGCCCGUGCUUCCCAAAGCUCCAACUCCCGUCCGUCCCCGACGAUCCUCUCAGCAGGGGUCUCAUACUUCUUCUCCCCGAUCUCAACCUGCCAGCGCAGAACCAUUCCAGGUCUCCCCACGAUCGGCUCCCUUAUCUCAGUCAUCUGGUUCGAGCGUCACCUCCAAACAAGGUCUCGGGCACCUCCACUACAUGCUCCACCAUGCACAAUCCUCAACGCCUUUAUCACCCAUCAGCGCAGCGAGCCGAUCCCACCCUCCUGGCUUCUCUCCCUCCAAUCCUCCCGGGUUGUCUGGUAUACUCCCUCGGCCGCUGAUGGGCCAUGAAUUACCCACAUACCCACCGCAUUCCGGUCCUCUCAUGAACCAGCUUCGAGGCUUCCCCGCACCUAAUGGUAUCCCUACGCCUCCUGGAAUGAAUGGAGCUCGACCGAUGCCUCCUGGUCGAGGAUUCCCCCUUGAUCCAGGCCCUGUUUUGCCAUUCCAUGCCCAGCCACCGUUAUCCGGGGUUCUGUCAACGCAACAGAGCGGGCUGCCCCACAGUCAUUCGAGACAGCCCUCUAACUCGUUUGACAGAUCUCCGCUUGGCACGAACGCGCAGGCAUUACCUAUUGCGCGACCCAGCCCGAUUAAGCGCCCUCCCAGCACUCAACAGGAGCAGUACGGGGGCCAAAAGGAAGUAGAUGAUCUGAGCGCGCAACUCGGCAGCAGUGCUCUUCUCGAUGAUACCGAUGUUCCAUUCACAUCAUCAUCACAUCUUUCCCAAUCCCUUCCAGGAGCCACCGCUGCUGGAUCCUUACCAGGGCCGGCACGAGCCAGCUUCGCUGCACCCUCACUAUUCCCAGAUCCUCUCAGUGCUCCCAAACAUGGCGCUUUCCCCGUCAGUCCUGUUGUAGGAAGCAGUACCUGGGGUACUCAGAUUCCUUUUGGGGCUUCCGCCUUCCCUGGCAAUCCGACAUGGGGCGCUGUUCCUGGGAGCGGCUGGCCGAACAAUGCCUUCGGAGUAGGAGUCCAUCAUCGGGCACACACCUCCCGGCCCGUUGCGAUUCGACUACUCGUGAUUCAAGCCUGCAAGCAACUCAACACCAUGAGUCCCUCCAAGGGCGUAGGUGGCUAUCACGAUGUGAAUGCAGUUCUCCGCCAAGUUGAGCAGUUACAACCCUCCAGCGAACCCUCCAUCUCUCUCAAAGAGAUGCUUGAUAUCUGCGAUACGGAAGGCAACGCCCAAAACGGAGGCGGAUCAUUCUCAGUCAAGAGCAACGAGACAGGCGAAUUCGUCAAGUUCGAGCCAGACAAUAACAGCGCGGCAGGGGGCCAACGCAGCAGCAUUGCUCCUGGCGAAAUCGGAAGCCCUAUUCCUCACAGCAGUAUUCCGGCCUUUGGCGGGAUCGGUACACCCUCCUCAUCCUCUAUUCUUCGACAAUUUUCUUCUCCACCCACUGGUUUCUAG